AUGAUGAACAUGAUGCAUGCCGCGAGAGGAGGAGGAGGAGGAGGGAGGAAGCUGGACCUGUCCCGACUCACGGACGAGGAGGCCAAGCAUGUCUGGCACGUGGUACAGAGGGACUUCAACCUGCGCAAGAAGGAGGAAAACAGGAUCGGAGAGCUGAAGCACAAGAUCAAAACCGAGGAGACCAAAACAGUGAUAUUGGGGUCCCAGUCGAACCUGUCCGAGUCUCUCUGCAUACGGUGCCUGCAGCCAUUCAAGUUCCUGGUUAACAGCAAGCGCCAGUGUCUGGACUGCCAACUCUUCACCUGCAAGGCCUGCAGCCGCUACAACAAGAAGGACCGUGGCUGGGUGUGUGACCCCUGCCGAAUGGCCAGAGUUGUGAAAAUCGGAACACUGGAUUGGUACCAUGAGAAUGUGAAAACUCGUUUCAAGCGUUUUGGCAGUGCCAAAGUGAUGCGGUCCCUAUACAAGAGGCUGAGUACAGGUUCAGAGCGCACCCGUUCAGAGACUGACCUAAGGGAGUCCCGUGAUGAUGACACUCAUAGUAUGCCAGACAAAAGGAAAUCCAAGCGGCUUCUCCCUGUGGACCCUCUUGAUUUUGAUCCGGAAUACUCUGCGUAUUCCCGUCGCCAGUCUUAUCAGAACAGUGGUAGCCUGGAGAACGUGGCUCCCCCCGAGUCAGCAGUUGUGGAGAAGGACUUGGCAUCCGUCUUUGAGCAGAUCCAGAGCUGCUUUGGGCCCGGCUCGGACUUUGACAGUCGCUUUGAUCGGGAGAAAGCAACACACCAUGACGAUGGCGUGUACCCUGAGCAUAGGAGGAAGCGUGCACAGUCCAAUCCCAAGCACAGGCACUCGUACUGCGGAAGCAACAACUACCUUCAGUUUUACGAGCCGUCCCAGAGUCAGGAGGAGCCGUCGCAGGAGGAGGAUAACGGCUAUCUGUACCAGCCGCUCUCGCACAGGAGCAGCCAGGCUUCCCUGGUGGACGACCAAGUGCCUCCGCAACAGCUCUUGGAGAUCAACAAGCGCAUGUCAGCCAUUGAGAGCCUCCUCAACCGCCUGGAACACAAAAUGACUGUCAAUGUACCACCGAUACUUGUGCAGCCUACAGUGGCCGAUUUGGAAGAAGAAAAGCUGCGAAAGAAACUGAACGAGCUGACAGGCAACAUCAGUGACAAGGGUCUUUCCUCGGACGAGGACGAGUACAGGAUCUACCACCACGAAGCGUCUCGAAAGGUAGAUCCCCACAGUCGCACCCCCCAGAAGACGGACUCCCCCAGAAUCUCCAGGCCAGGAUCCCCACGUCGCCUGGACUCCCCGAGGAAGACGGACUCCCCGAAACGUCCGGAGACGUCUCCUCGAAAGAACGGAUCCCCCCGAAAGACAGACUCUCCACAAAGGACUGAGCCUUUCAAGUCGUGCCUGAAGAUGGAGCGGUCAGCCGAGCAAGCCCAGGCCCUGAAGGAGAAUAUGAAGCGGAGGCAAAGUACCAGCGCCACCACGCAGUUCGAGCUGGCCGACCUGGAGGACCAGGUGGCCCUGGCCGCAGCCAAGGUCCACAACACCGAGAGCGAGAUGUCUGACAUCCAGAGUCGUCUUGCCGUGCUGAGUGUUGGUGGUCCAGAGAAGCCUUGGAGGAGGGUGGGGGUGGACAAGUGGCUUUAA